AUCGCCCAGACAAUCAGGAACAAAGUGAUUUAUGAAAAAUUUUUCAAUUUUAUUUCAAUGUCUAAAUAAAAUCAAAAUUUUUAUCGGCCGACGAAAUUUUAGUGUAACAUAAAUUCUUUUUUAUUUGUAUUUUUUUUAUUUGUAACCAUCCAUCCACUGAAUACGAGUACAUCAAACGGAAUUGAGUGUCAUGUCAUCCAUCUGGGAGAAAAUAUGUGAAGUAUUCACAACUCUGGUGCGGCCAACUCGUCGCAAAACGCGCGUCUGCUUCAGCCCCAGCACACUCCAUCGAGAAAUCAUACGUCAUACCAAGCUUUCGGCUUCAGCAAAUCCCUUCUUCAACUUUCUCGCCGAAGUGCGCAUGAAAACAAAUGGCAGUGAAUCAGGAAGUGGGUCGAUGUCACCGCGCGAGAGUGCGCGCUUGGCAAUAACGGCAGGUCGCUUAUGGAAUUCAAUGUCAGAGGAGCAGAAGUUGCCGUACCGCAACAUUGCACUGGAACAACGUAAAUUAAAGCGUCUGCGUGGCCGGCGGAAACGUGCCGCUUCAACUAAGCGAAGCACGAGGAAACGCAAAUCUGCAAUACAGUGCGGCUUCCUGUUGCCACCUCAAUCUCAAAAGGAUGCGUGGUCAUCAGGCAGCUCGACACAUUCCAAGUGUGAUGACAACGAUAGUGUUGACACUAGUUCGGAUGGAACGGAGAGCAAAAUUUAGUGCUAAAUUUGUCUUGUUAAUGUCUUAACUUUUCCGAUAUAUUAUAUCUGGCAUCACCCGCGAUUAUCUCAUAACUGCGCCUUUGUAUUCUUCUAUUGUAUUGGUCCUACCCAAAUGUUGUAUUAUGAUUAUUGUAAGGCGAAUUUUUUGUUUUAAAAAAUUUCAAUAAAAUCAUAUUUUUGUGGCAAA